UCCCAGAGGACAGUUUGAAAGAGAGGAAGGCAGAGAAGGGACCUGGGAGGAGGCAGGAGGAGGGCGGGGACGGGGGGCUGGGGCUCAGCCCAGGGGCUUGGGUGGCAUCCUGGGCCGGGCAGGACAGGGGGCUGAGGCUUGGGUAGGGGAGAAUGCGACUCUCUAAAACCCUUGCCGGCAUGGAUAUGGCCGACUACAGCGCUGCCCUGGACCCAGCCUACACCACCCUGGAGUUUGAAAAUGUGCAGGUGUUGACCAUGGGCAAUGACACAUCCCCAUCUGAAGGUGCCAACCUCAAUUCAUCCAACAGCCUGGGCGUCAGUGCCCUGUGCGCCAUCUGUGGUGAUCGGGCCACCGGCAAACACUACGGAGCCUCGAGCUGUGAUGGCUGCAAGGGGUUCUUCAGGAGGAGUGUGAGGAAAAACCACAUGUACUCCUGCAGGUUUAGCCGACAAUGCGUGGUAGACAAAGAUAAGAGGAACCAGUGUCGUUACUGCCGGCUUAAGAAGUGCUUCCGGGCUGGCAUGAAGAAGGAAGCCGUCCAAAAUGAGCGGGACCGGAUCAGCACGCGGAGGUCAAGCUACGAGGACAGCAGCCUGCCCUCCAUCAACGCGCUCCUGCAGGCAGAGGUCCUGUCCCAGCAGAUCACCUCUCCCAUCUCUGGGAUCAAUGGCGACAUUCGGGCAAAAAAGAUUGCCAACAUCACGGACGUGUGUGAGUCUAUGAAGGAGCAGCUGCUGGUCCUGGUUGAGUGGGCCAAGUACAUCCCAGCCUUCUGUGAACUUCUUCUGGAUGACCAGGUGGCGCUGCUCAGGGCCCAUGCUGGUGAGCAUCUGCUGCUUGGAGCCACCAAGAGGUCCAUGGUGUUUAAGGAUGUGCUGCUCCUAGGCAAUGACUACAUAGUCCCUCGGCACUGUCCAGAGCUAGCAGAGAUGAGCCGUGUGUCCAUCCGCAUCCUCGAUGAGCUGGUCCUGCCCUUCCAAGAGCUGCAGAUCGACGACAACGAAUAUGCCUGCCUCAAAGCCAUCAUCUUCUUUGAUCCAGAUGCCAAGGGGCUGAGUGACCCGGGCAAGAUCAAGCGGCUGCGGUCGCAGGUGCAGGUGAGCCUGGAGGAUUACAUCAACGACCGGCAGUACGACUCUCGGGGCCGCUUUGGAGAGCUCCUGCUGCUGCUGCCCACCCUGCAGAGCAUCACCUGGCAGAUGAUCGAGCAGAUCCAGUUCAUCAAGCUCUUCGGCAUGGCCAAGAUUGACAACCUGCUGCAGGAGAUGCUGCUCGGAGGGUCUGCCAGUGAUGCACCACACGCCCACCACCCCCUGCACCCUCACCUGAUGCAAGAACACAUGGGCACCAAUGUUAUAGUUGCUAACACGAUGCCCUCUCACCUCAGCAAUGGACAGAUGUGUGAGUGGCCCCGACCCAGGGGGCAGGCAGCCACCCCGGAGACUCCACAGCCAUCACCACCAAGUGGCUCGGGAUCUGAAUCCUACAAGCUCCUGCCAGGAGCCAUCACCACCAUCGUCAAGCCUCCCUCCGCCAUUCCCCAGCCAACGAUCACCAAGCAAGAAGCCAUCUAGCAAGCCGCUGGGGGGUUGGGGGGUCGGCUGGCUCACACCCUUAGAAGAGCGCCUGGGCGUAACUUAGUCAUGGCAAAGAAGAUGUGACAAGAGGGACCAGUCCCAGAGCAGCUACGGAAAGGGUGUGAGGCCCAAAAACCGUGUGCUGAGGUUCGCAUGUGUCACCACCCCUGACCCCGCAUCUGGAGGGCGGGGCUUUGCUUAAGGAGACCCUGGCUAGGACUGUCUUCCACUGCCUGGACUCCUCUCAAGUUGAAGCCACCGUCUUCAUCUUCCUCUGUAUCUUCUUCCCUCGAGUUUUUCACCCCUGAAGGACGACUGUCUGCAGAUGUUGCAGGACCUUGUUUUAAAAUCAACUCCCUUCUCUUCCAGCUGGGGCCUCUUCCUUCCUGGUGCUGGUCAGGGGGCCUGGGAACAAACUUUUUGGGGCUGGGGCAGCUUGCCUUAUAAUACUCUCCUCUUGCUGUGCCAACCUCAGGUGACCCGCUACCAUCUUCUAUACCUUCCUCCACCAUCUGACUUCUCUAAAGCCAUCUCUCUGGAGACUGAGGAAACCAUGGCAACCAUUUCCCCACUCAUUCUUUGAGCCUUCUGUAAGCACUGACCUGGGUGAGAAAGAAGGAAGGAGUCACCAUCCCUCCUCUGCCAACAUCACUACGAUUCCUGCCUCUAGCACUAAGCUAUAACUUUGGAGUGAUAUAUCCUAUGGCUUUCUACAGUAGAGAACCACCCAAGGGUGUUGGUGACAACAGAAUGUGAGGAGUGGGUGGCCGUCAUUGGGAAAGUGUCUAGAAAGAGGUGAGCUUUGCAUCUGUCCCUUGACAGGGAAGGUAGGCUUCUGGCUAGCAGAGCAGGUGGCACAGACCAGUUUAUUAGAGAAUAGCCCAGACAAAGGCCCAUAGGUAGGUAAAACAGUAUGGGAGGGAGGCAAUGAAGAAAUCAGUUCUCAUGGAGUUGUGACAGGGCACACACUGGGGACCAUUGAAUGACAAACUGAGGUCAGGGGUAGCUUCAGUAUGGGGCUGUCAGAAGAUGAAUACAGCAUCCUGCAGAGGUAGGAUGUGAGUAAGCCAUACUGGAGCGUAAAGAUGAGAUAAAGGGAUGGAUUCGAGUCCUCCCGGGGCCUGCCAAGCUCAUCCAUACUUCCAGAUGAUGUCACAAGGCAGUAGACAGCCACCAUCUCAUAGAACCUUCCCUGUAACCCAGACAUUGUCAAGGAAGAUAUAAGUAGAAGAUCUUAACUGCCCCUCAGGAAGCACUUGUCUCCUCUGGCACAAAAUCCAAAGGGUUCCUCAUCCUUUACCAGUGUCAAUCCCAGAGGCUUGCUCUCUCCAGAACUGGCCAGCUAGAGACCGUUCUAAAAUCCACUGGAAGUCAAGAAUCCCCUUUACUGAUAAUGGUAAAGUUGAUUCAUGACCCCUGUCCUUUUUUUUUUUUCUACUGAUCUACCCAAGUGUGGGUGAGGAGCAGCAGGGAGUGUUUCCUGGAAGAGGGACCAGUCUAGUCUGGCAGUCAAGGCUGAGGAGUUUGGGUGAGGGGCAGUAGAAGGACAAGAAAGCCUGGGUUUCAGGCUUACCUGAGGAGCUACAGCCAAGGUGCAUUCUGAGAACUACUCAUCCCCAGCAAUCAGGGCUCCGUCCCUGGCUGACUCUUGAUGGCUUUGUGGAGCCUCUACAAAGUGCCACUGACCAAUGGGAACAAGAGGAAUGUCCCCUGGGCUGGAAGUGUGUUAAGUGGAAGGAAUGAGCUGUGAGACUGGAUAGUUAUGGCCCAUCAAGGCCAAUCCUUCUGAGUGGGUGGGACUAGUACCCAGUGUCCAGAAAUUCCAGCCUUAAUGACAGGCCCUCUGAAAAAGAGGUGCGGAGGAGUAAUGGGGCCAGCUGCUUAAAGAAAAAGAACCCCCACAGGCCAUGACUGUCAGGACAGAUUUAGUUAACCCCUCAAAGCAAGUCCCAGGUGUCAGGAAUGGUUUUUCCAUGCUCAGAGCCCUCAAGCCAUCCUUGGCCACUCUAACUCCAGUGCCCCCAGAGACCCCAGCCAGAUCAGUUCAGACUGCCCUGCAUGAAGGCAGGAUAGCUGAACUCCCUCUGGUCCUUGUCUUUCCCACUCUUUGUCCCUCCAUCCCCAGUGGCAUGAUGAGAGGAGUAGGUAAGGUUGGCCUUCAGUGGUAGCGGUCUUCUGGGGCAGGGGUCAGCCACUGCCCUAAUCAGUCCUUUCUGAAGGAGAAACCCAUUCCACAUUAAUAAAUUUAUUACAAUACAGGAAACAUGAAAUAAAGGAAAGUUUACUCUUCUGAUUAUAAGCUGAGGAUACUACAUUGCAGGUUUUUUUCCCCCUUCUGAGCUUCGUUUCUAGUACCUGAUAUGAUGGGACUAAGUACAAGCUGGUGAUGGACAGGGCUGGGUGCCACUUUUCCACCAAGAUCAGCCCCUUUUCUUCGUGAGUUCUCAGAACCUUUCAGAGUUCAGGAGGGACCUCUGAGAGUAGGCAGGAGAGCGUCAGAAGCAGACAUCCUCCUCUUCUUGUGAUAACCAUGCCUUUGCCAGACCUCUCUGUGACCAACCCUGGUGAAUUCUAAUCAUGACCUUCACAGCAAACACUCAGAAGUAGGCUGUGUCCCAUUAGAUCCAUCUGCACCUUCCUGUGGUUGUGCAAAUAUCACUGACCCCCAAGUCCCCACCAUCACUGCCCAAGGGGUUAAAAAAGAGAAAAACCCUCAAAAACAGUUCUUACUCCCUGUGUUUUAGCAAAAAUUUAUCAAACAAAAUAAAUGGUACUUAUGUUUUCUAA